AGUCAUUUCAUCACAAAUCUUUUGGUCCCUAUUUUCUCGCAGAGCCAACUGCCGGUCAAAAAACACUUCGUUCUAGCAAUCAAAUGUAAGCACAACUGACAUCCAUUUCACUACCAAACCCAUACACACAUAAUUUCCCUUCCAUUUCCCCAAUUCAUCCCACCAAACAUGGAAAAUUCAAGUCAAGAAUCCCACCUCCGAUCUGAAAACUCCGUCACCUAUGACUCCUCUUACCCCAUCUACGCCAUGGCCUUUUCCUCCUUCACUUCUCCCCUCCACAACCGCCGCCGUCGCAUUGCCGUCGGCAGCUUCAUUGAAGAAUUCAACAACCGGGUCGACAUUCUCUCAUUCGAUGAAGAAACCCUAACCCUAAACCCAAUUCCAAAUCUCUCCUUCGAUCACCCUUACCCACCUACUAAACUCAUGUUCCAUCCUAAUCCUUCUGCUUCCCUUAAAUCCAACGACAUUCUCGCCUCUUCCGGUGAUUACCUCCGUCUCUGGGAAGUUCGAGAAAGUUCUAUUGAACCACUUUUCACUCUCAACAACAGUAAAACUAGUGAAUACUGUGCCCCUUUAACCUCUUUUGAUUGGAAUGAAGUUGAGCCCAGAAGAAUUGGUACUUCCAGUAUUGAUACUACUUGUACUAUUUGGGAUGUUGAAAAAGGGGUUGUCGAAACCCAAUUGAUAGCCCAUGAUAAAGAGGUUUACGAUAUAGCUUGGGGUGAAGCUGGGGUUUUUGCAUCAGUUUCUGCUGAUGGAUCAGUUAGGAUUUUUGAUUUGAGGGAUAAGGAACAUUCUACAAUUAUUUACGAGAGUCCACAACCGGAUACUCCGUUAUUGAGGUUGGCUUGGAACAAGCAAGAUUUGAGAUACAUGGCUACUAUAUUAAUGGAUAGUAACAAGAUUGUAAUUUUAGAUAUUAGGUCACCAGCGAUGCCUGUAGCGGAGUUGGAAAGGCAUCAGGCGAGUGUGAAUGCGAUUGCGUGGGCUCCACAGAGUCGUAGACAUAUUUGUUCAGCUGGGGAUGAUGGGCAGGCCCUCAUUUGGGAGUUGCCUACUGUUGCUGGGCCUAAUGGGAUUGAUCCCAUGUCAAUGUACUCUGCUGGAGCUGAGAUUAAUCAAAUUCAGUGGUCUGCUGCGCAACGUGAUUGGAUUGCUAUUGCAUUUUCUAACAAGUUGCAACUGCUUAAAGUAUAAGGCGAUUGAAAGAUUGAAUUUUUCAUCUGGUCAUCUUCAAAGGAACGGAUGGGGCUUUGUUCUGUUGCUGCAAAUGGUGAAGAGUGGAAAUAGACUUGUAUUAGAGGUUAAGAUAUCAUGGGCUUGGAUGCUUGGUGGCUGUUUAGUGUGGAAAGAAACUAUGAAAGGAGUCCCCAAGCCCCCGACGACAAGUGAGUCUUAAUAACAUAAGCGAGAAUGCCGAGGUCUUGUCAAUGCCUCUUCAAUCAUUGAAUCAUUGUUCAACGCUUUCUUUCACAUGUCUCUGGGGUUAAUGGAGAAGUUGUUUGCUGGUUUCAUGACAAGUAGCUGCUUAGUGUGUCAUGCCAUGUUUAAAAGCUACAUUUGGGGCUGUGACUGAAUUUAAGAUGAGAAUAAAUAAAGGAUAAAAAAGCUCCAAGAAUACUUGGAGAGUCCAUAGGCUUCAGAUUUGAGGUUAGAGUUAUAUCACACUGUACAAAUGAAGGCUUGAAGCACAUCUGUGAUUAAUCUUUUUGCUUAUGUAGCUGGAAGGGCUGUAAUGGGUACCAUCUUUUCUUUCUUUUUUUUGAGAUGGAAUGGGUACCAUCUUUGUCUUGUUAACAAAGUCAUUUUAACUUG